CACCAUAAGCGACCUUCGACAUUGCAAAGUGAAAGUAGUCUACUUUCUCAUCAUUUUGUCAACAAAAUUCAUCUAAUCGAAGAUUCGACAUUGUGUUAAUCCUCCCGAAGAAGAAUGACAGCUCUUUGCAGAUAUGCAUUUGCUAAUAGGCAAAUCUUCUUUCUGAACAGGAGGAACAUUUACGCAUCAUUGGGAAUGGUUUCUGUUGGUGAUGAGAAAAAGAUUCAUCAAAGAACAUCUGACUGUGCACUACUAAAUAGAAGAGGUUUUCGGUCCGUAGUCAGCAAUUUAUCAAAUAAAUUAACCAGUGUAACCAGUACUUUCCGGACAGGAAAAACUGGUUUGGUUAUAGAUGGCAUAAUAGGGCUAAGACAUUGUCCGUACCCAGCCCUAGUUUUGGGUACAUCUGGACUGCUACCUUUCAUUGGAGCCCCAGGUCUAAUGAUGAUAUUCGGCCAGUCCUCUGUGGCAUUUUUAGCAAAUGCCCAGAUGGUGUAUGGAGCCUGCAUUCUGUCUUUCUUGGGCGGAGUAAGAUGGGGGUUUGGAGUCUGUGAGGGGAAGACAACUCCUGCAGAAUGGGACAACAUGAAUAACAUGGUCAUCAGUAUUGUUCCCUCUCUAGUUGCUUUCUCAGCAGUCCUAUGUCCAGAACCUGUUUCACAGCUUAUCGUCAUGUUGGGGUUAACUGGAGUUGGAUGCCAUGAUGCUGUGACAGAGUCGUAUCCAGCCUGGUUCCGGGGAUUACGCAUGCUUUUGACAUUUGUUGCCGUCAGCAGUUUUAUCUUAACCUUUUCUUGCAAGUCACGAUUAAAAUCUGUCGACUCCCCAAAGGACUCUGAUAUUGCUGUGGCUAAAGAACAGCCACAACAGUCUAAGAAUGAGGAAUAAUUUUAGUGUUUCUGUAUACCAGUAUUUAUAGAAUUGUAUUGAAUUGUAUAUGAAUGAUGCAUGUAAUGGUUAAACUGGACCUUAAUUAUCAAAAUGUUGGUUUGUCAAAAUAACUUGUAAAUUAAUAACAGAAUAAAGUUGUGUCCAUUCA